AUGGCCGAAGAAGAGCAUGAGGUGUACGGAGCAGAAAUUCCAGACGAGGCGGAGAUGGACGGCGACUUCGACCACGAUGACAUGUCCACCGCCCAAGACGACGACGACGACGACGCCGCCGCCGUUGUCAAGUUGAAUCAAUUUGCUGAUUGUUUUGUAUUGCGCUUGAAGGAGGAGGAGGAAGCUGCGGCUCUCCGCGAGAUGCAGACCAAUGCGGCGAAGGAGAUGAGUUCUGCGCAAGAUCCUGCUACUGGAGCUGUUUCUCAGGCAAACAAGGAAGUGGCUGAUGAAUGUUCUGUUUACGUUGGCAACGUUGAUUAUGCAUGCACACCUGAGGAAGUACCGCAGCAUUUCGAAUCAUGUGGCACAGUUAACAGGGUGACUAUACCAACAGAUAAAUUUGGCCAACCAAAGGGUUAUGCCUAUGUGGAAUUCCUGGAAGCAGAAGCUGUUCAAAAGGCUCUUGCUCUGAAUGAAUCUGAGUUGCAUGGUCGGCAAUUGAAAGUUUUACCUAAAAGAACCAAUGUUCCUGGUAUGAAGCAAUUCCGCCCCAGACGUUUCAAUCCCUAUAUGGGUUACAGCUUCAGGAGGCCUUAUGUACCACCUUACUUCUAUUCACCUUAUGGAUAUGGGAAGGUUCCCAGGUUCAGAAGGCCAGCAAGAUACAUGCCCUACUAUUAG